AUGGAUCUAGCGCCCUUGGAGGCGGUACCAUAUCCCCCGGGCUUGCAAAUGGAGAACAGUGGCACGCGCAAGACGGCUCGAGGGAGUCUUGAGGCGGGGGUGGAGACUGGGACCACGAGCACGGGAAAUGAAGGGCACACAGAUACGAAAUCGGUGGCGGACUUCCUUCAGGAAAUGGAAGAUUACCGCAAUGCGCAAGCCAUUACGGAUGACGUUCUUCUUCAGCGCGUUUUGCCCGUCGCCCUGACUGGGUCCGCCGCCCGCUGGCGUCGUCGCCAGUCAUUCCAAAGUUGGGCGCACUUUGAGCAGCUACUGCGAGCAGAAUUCCUCCCCCCCGACUACGUUGUCCGCAUGAAAGACGAGCUUCGCGCCCGUAGUCAGGCGGAGGAGGAAAGCCUCCUAGAAUACAUACGGUCCUUUCAGGAGCUUUACGAGCGCGCAGAUCCUUCAGCACCCGAAACGGAAAGAGUCACCCGGGCAAUCCGGCAAGCUCACCCACGCUUCCAGGCUUAUCUAAGGGGCCGCACCUUCUCUUCGCUUGACGAUCUCGCUAAAGCGGCGUCCGAUAUUCAGGCGGCGAUGUUGGCAGAGCUAACUUACCAGCCUCCACCCCCGCCUCAAGCCUCCCUCGAGCCGUCUUGCGCGUGGCACGGUUCUCAGAUUGCAAGCCCGGGGAAUAUGGUACCGCCUCCAAGGGCGCUGGACCCAUUCACUCACCGCACCUUUGCCACCCAGGUACCUUUCCGGCCUCCGGUCGCGGAACCUGCCACAACGUUGCGAGGCACUCGGGGCCGCAGCAGGCCUGUAGUGGCUGCCGCCCAAUCAGGCGCAGCAGAUACACGCAGGAGCAUUCCAGUCUGCUUCCAGUGUGGAGGACGAGGCCACUACAGGAGCCAGUGCCCGAGCCCCCCUGGCUCCCGCCAGCAGGGAAACGACGAGGGCCGGCGGUGGUGAGCAGCUCCCAGUCGCCGGCCAACGACCUACCGCGCCCCGACGUCCCCUCGGCACAUGCAGACUACGCGGCCGUCAAGCACCAAGCGGGGGCAGGCGUUUCCAAGACUACGAAAAGCCGGGUGUUUUGGUCGUCUCACCAUCCUGCUGCCACGGCGUUGAGCCGCGGACAACCUCGGCAGCGGGGAGGGGGAAAGAAACGGCUCCUCACACUCGAAUCACCACCGGCAUCAACGGUAGUAGGUGUACCGGAAAGGUGUCGCCCCCCCAGAUCGAAGGCCCAGGAUCUUGGACAAAUGGUGAGGGCUUUGCCGUCCACGUUCAGUCUUCUUGACGCCCAGAUUGAGAAAACACCAUUGGUGGUGGUCAGAAUGGCCGGAAUAGAAGUACCUGCUAUUUUAGACACCGGCUCUGCUGUUUCCGUUUUCGGCGAUCGUGUCAAAAGCGCCUGCGAGACGAAACGUCUACAGUUACGAAGUGUAAACACGACCCUUCGCAUGGCAUCCGCUCACGUUGCGUCCGCUACGUCAGCAGCCCGGUUAACGGUUACCAUGAAUGAUAAAAAAUUCCGGCAACGCUUCCUACACCUUCCAGGACUUUCUUGUCCGGUGAUUUUGGGCCGUAACUUCAUAGCCAAAGCAGGAAUCGUUCUCGAUCUCUCUAAAGGCACCUACCAGUACGGCAUGCAUGCACAUCCACUCGAGUUCAUGACUAAGCCAAGAGACCCACAGUCAAAUCAGUUUACCGCCAAUAUCUCUGCGGUCUCCGAGACUGGUAGUGGUAUCCUCACUGUUCUGAAGUCUUUCACAGGAUCUCCGGCGGAGAAGACCAAAAUCGAGACAGCACUUAAACCAUUUGCCGAAAUGUUCACGGAAGCUCCUGGCAGCGUUAAAGUGCUGACUCAUAGGAUAGACACCGGAUGCGCCCGCCCAAUUCGUUUCAACCCGCGGCCCCUGAGCAUCCACAAGCGAGCACUUCUUGAUAGUGCGCUAGACGAAAUGAUCGCUACCGGUGCAGUAAGACCGUCUAAGAGCCCUUGGGCGUUCCCGGUUGUACUAGCACCUAAGAAAGAUGGCACGGCGCGGUUGUGUGUCGACUACCGUCGGUUGAACGCUGUCACAGUUCGAGACUCGUACCCCUUCCCAUCAAUCGAUUCAGUGAUGUAUUCACUUGGGUCCGCUAAGUUCUUUACUACUUUAGACUGCAGCAGGGGCUUCCUGCAAAUUCCGAUCGCCCCCUGUGAUAUUGCAAAGACUGCAUUCACUUGCCAUCGGGGACUGUUCGAAUUCGUCCGAUUGCCUUUUGGUUUGUGCAAUUCACCGGCAACCUUUCAGCGUGUAAUAGAUAUUGUGCUUCAAGACGCCAAAUUCAAUUAUGCGAUGGCUUACAUGGAUGACGUGGUAGUGUUCUCGAAUACCCUGGAGGAGCAUCUCCUGCACCUAACCACCGUUUUACAACGAAUGCAGGCCGCAGGCAUCACCAUUAACCCCCGGAAGGUUCAACUGG